AUGGAAUUAGAACAAGCCAUGGUUGGAGAGACCUACUGGCACCCAAGGGCCGUGGCUAACCACGACAAAGACCCCAUUCUGAUCGUCAGUUCUUCCAUGAGAAAUACUAUUCUGGACUUUGAGAUUGAGGCGUCUCAGAAUGAUUCUACAGAGAUCAAACUCGCAUGGUUGAGAUCACAAGUGAUCGGACACCAUUUGGAAUUUGAAACUCCAUUUGGAAAACGUCUUCUCACCUAUGCCGACCAUACUGCCUCUGGGAGGGCUCUUCAAUACAUUGAAGACUUCAUCUCCAAUAGUGUUCUUCCUUUCUAUGGGAACACACAUACAAGUGACAGCUACGUGGGCCACAAGACCACUAAGAUGGUGAAGGAGGCCACCAGAUACAUCAAGACUUGCUUAGGUGCAGGACCAGAUGAUGCACUCAUAUUCUGCGGCUCUGGCACCACUGCGGCCAUCAAGCGCCUUCAAGAGGUGAUGGGUAUCACAGUGCCUUCAACCAUGAGAGAUAAGAUAUUAACGAGUCUACAGAGCGAGGAGAGAUGGGUGGUCUUCGUUGGGCCAUACGAGCACCACUCUAACCUCCUCUCAUGGCGCAAUAGCCUAGCUGAGGUGAUAGAGAUUGGUCUCAACGAUGAUGGAUUGCUUGACAUGCAAGCUCUGAGGCACCAACUUGAGGCUCACAAGGAUUCCAACCGUCCUAUGUUGGGUUCAUUCUCAGCUUGUAGCAAUGUUACUGGAAUCUACUCUGACACUGGUGCCAUUGCCCGGCUUCUUCACCAAUAUGGAGCUUUUGCUUGCUUCGACUAUGCUGCAAGUGGUCCUUACGUGGAGAUCAACAUGCGUUCAGGAGAGCUGGAUGGCUAUGAUGCCAUAUUUCUAAGCCCACAUAAGUUCCUAGGUGGGCCUGGAACCCCUGGCAUCCUUCUGAUGAACAAAGCUUUGUACAAGUUGAGUUCUUCUGCCCCUUCUACUUGUGGAGGUGGAACUGUUGAUUUUGUCAAUGGCUUCAGUGAAGAGCAAACAUUGUAUUAUGAAGAUGUAGAAGAGAGGGAAGAUGCUGGAACUCCACCCAUCAUUCAGAAGAUAAGAGCAGCAAUGGUUUUCUGGGUGAAGGACUUCAUUGGUUAUACCGUGAUUGAAAACCAGGAAGAUGCAUAUAUAAAGGCAGCUCUUGAAAGGCUUCUUCCCAACCCAAACAUAUCAGUGUUAGGGAAUACAAGUGCAAGGAGACAAGCCAUUCUUUCUUUUGUUAUUUACUCUACCACAAAUUCUUCCUCCCACAAUUUGGAAACACAAAUUGAAGCUCUUAGAGGAAGAUCAAGAGGCCUUAAUAUGUGGGCAGAGUCAGGAAACAAGAAAGAGAAGCCUCUUCAUGGGCCUUUUGUGGCAAAACUCCUCAACGAUCUCUUCGGCAUUCAAGCUCGAGCUGGGUGUGCUUGUGCUGCACCCUAUGGUCACCAUCUACUCGGUGUGGAUGAGGCUCGUUCUCUAGCCUUUCUGUCUGCUAUCCAAGAGGGCUACACUGGUGUAAAACCUGGAUGGACAAGAAUUAGUUUUCCUUAUUACAUGCCAAUAGAAGAGUUUGAGUUCAUUCUAGCUGCAUUGGAAUUCAUUGCAAAAUAUGGUCAGCGCUUCCUUCCACUCUAUAGCUUCAAUUGGAAAACAGGUACUUGGACCUUUAAAUCCAGAGCUUUCAUGGAGAAUAUACUAGGGGAAGAUUCUUCACUUGAUUCAGAAGACUUUUCUCUGAUGGAAACUAAGCCAGAGACAAACUACUAUGGAUCAAGGGCUGAUGGCAGUGAUUACAUUGAGAAGAAGACACGUGGGGUGAUUAGUAGAUAUGCCUCCUACUUGGAGAAGGCUAAGUAUGUGGCAAGUUUCCUACCAAAGUAUCCUCCACAACGUAGGAUUCCAAAAGAAAUUGACCCUAGCCUAGCAUAUUUUAGGGUAUAA